UUGUCCUAGCGAUAUUUGGUAAGAUUGGUGAUGUUCUAAGUCCAAGUCAUAUACAACAUCUGCGUUAAAGGAUUAUACAAAACAAAAAACAUGAGGACUCAGAGCAUUAACAGAAGUUUGUGUUGUGUGAUUUUAGUUCUUGCCAUAUACGAUGUUUUUAAGUUGGCAACAGCAAAAUGUGAGUCGGGGGAGGUUGACAUGUAUCAAUACCCAGAAUCACCUUUCCCAAUCAACAAGACCAUAACAUUCAAAGAACCAUUUUCAGCUACACCGUCUGUAAUGUACGGAAUAACAAUGAUCGAUAUAAACUACGCCGAGAAUAAACGAGCUAGGAUAAAGCUUUUGGGAUCCAAUGAGACGGAAUUUACCGUGUGGAUGGGAACGAUGCAUGACACGAAACUGUUCGGUCUAGGCAUGCGCUGGAUGGCUUGCGAUUAAGAUGAAAAGAAAGAGACAAGUUCUUUACACUUGAAAUAUUUUCUGAAAUCAAUUAUGGUUACUUUUUUCAUAUUAAAAUGUGGAAAUCU